ACCAGAUAUACUACAUCCAUAACUAGCGGUUUUCUAAUUAGCAGGGAGGAGUUUCUACAACCAAAUUGCAUGUGCAUCGACCUCGUGCCACAAUUUUAGCAACACAGAAAGGGGCCUAUAUUGGAGACCAAAAGUCGUCUGGCACACUGCUUAGAGUAUCAACAACAUGAAUAACUUAUUUCUAGUCUACAAUCUUAGAUAUUACUACUAAUGUGAAAUUUUUGGCAAAAUAUGACUUGUUGCUUAUUUUAAAUCAAUUGUCAAAUAAUUUAAACAUUCAUUACAGACAUCAAUUGUUGUACAACAUCAUGGCUAUGCUGUUGGCAUCACCUUUUACAGUGAAUUACCGCUGUUGUGGGCCUUUAAUCAUCUCUAUGGCUUUGUUGUUCACAUAGGAGAGAUGCGGGACUAUCGUGGAUCCUCUGGGGAGCCUCAACAACCUCAUGAUGCUGUAGAGGCAGAGAAGAGUCUCUCCAGAUCAGAACACCUCAAUAAACACCAGCGGAGACCCACAGGGAGGAGAACUCACUGCUGUUCUGACUGUGGGAAGAGAUUCACCUCAUCAGGCAUUACAAUUCAUCAGAGAACACACACAGGAGAGAAAUCGUAUAGCUGUGGGCAAUGUGAGAAGAGUUUUAGUCGAUUUGGCCAUCUGACUCAACACCAGAGAAUACACACAGGAGAGAAACCACAUAGCUGUGAUCAAUGUGGGAAGAGUUUUGGUGCAUCUUGCGAUCUGACAGUGCACCAGAGAAUACACACAGGAGAUAAGUCUUAUAGCUGUGGUCAAUGUGGGAAGAGUUUUUGUAUAUCUGGCCAGCUGACAUCACACCAGAGAAUACACACAGGAGAGAAAUCUUAUAAGUGUGAUCAAUGUGGGAAGAGAUGUACUACAUCUUACUCUCUGACUGUACACCAGAGAAAACACACAGGAGAGAAACCUUUUAGCUGUGCUCAAUGUGGGAAGAGUUUCGGUAGAUCUGGCCAGCUGACAGUGCACCAGAGAACACACACAGGAGAGAAACCUUAUAGCUGUGAUCAAUGUGGGAAGAGUUUUACUUCAUCUAGAAAUCUGACUUCACACCAGAGAACACACACAGGAGAGAAACCUUAUAGCUGUGAUCAAUAUAGGAAGAGUUUUACUACAUCAAGCCAUCUGACUUCACACCAGAGAACACACACAGGAGAGAAACCUUUUAGCUGUGCUCAAUGUGGGAAGAGUUUUGGUAGAUCUGGCCAGCUGACAGUGCACCAGAGAACACACACAGGAGAGAAACCUUAUAGUUGUGAUCAAUGUGGGAAGAGUUUUUGUCAAUCUGGCCAGCUGACUGCACACCAGAGAACACACACAGGAGAGAAACCUUAUAGCUGUGAUCAAUGUGGGAAGAGUUUUACUACAUCAAGCCAUCUGACUUCACACCAGAGAACACACACAGGAGAGAAACCUUAUAGCUGUGGUCAAUGUGGGAAGAGUUUUGCUAGGUCAAGCCGUCUGACUUCACAUCAGAGAACACACACAGGAGAGAGACCUUAUAGCUGUGGUCAAUGUGGGAAGAGUUUUACUACUUCUGGCUAUCUGACUUUACACCAGAGAACACACACAGGAGAGAGAUCUUAUAGCUGUGACCAAUGUGGGAAGAGUUUUACUAGGUCAAGCCAUCUGACUUCACACCAGAGAACACACACAGGAGAGAAAUCUCAUAGCUGUGGUCAAUGUGGGAAGAGUUUUACUACUUCUGGCUAUCUGACAGUGCACCAGAGAACACACACAGGAGAGAAACCUUAUAGCUGUGAUCAAUGUGGGAAGAGUUUUACUACAUCAAGCCAUCUGACUAUACACCAGAGAACACACACAGGAGAGAAACCUUAUAGCUGUGGUCAAUGUGGGAAGAGUUUUACUACUUCUGGCUAUCUGACAGUGCACCAGAGAACACACACAGGAGAGAACCCUUAUAGCUGUGAUCAAUGUGGGAAGAGUUUUAGUCAAUCUAGCAAUCUGACAGUGCACCAGAGAACACACACAGGAGAGAAAUCUUAUAGUUGUGAUCAAUGUGGGAAGUGUUUUUGUCAAUCUAAUUAUUUGACAGUGCACCAGAGAACACACUCGGGAGAGAAAUCGUAUAGCUGUGACCAGUGUGGGAAAUGUUGCAAAUCUUCAUCAGAACUUAAAAUACACCAGAGAACACACACAGGAGAGAAACCUUAUAGCUGUGAUCAAUGUGGGAAGAGUUUUACUAAAUCUAGCCAUCUGACUGCACACCAGAGAACACACACAGGAGAGAAACCAUAUAGCUGUGAUCAAUGUGGGAAGAGUUUUGCUAAAUCUAGCAAUCUGACUACACACCAGAGAACACACACAGGAGAGAAACCAUAUAGCUGUGAUCAAUGUAGGAUGAGUUUUUCUACAUCUAGCAAUCUAACUAACCACCAUAGAACACACACAGGAGAUAAUCCGUGCUGUGAUCAAUGUGGGAAGAGUUUUUGUACUCCUAGGUAUCUAACUAUACACCAGAGAACACACACAGGAGAGAAACCUUAUAGCUGUGAUCAAUGUAGGAAAAGUUUUUCUUCUUCUAGCUAUCUAACUAUACACCAUAGAAUACACACCGGAGAGAAACCUUUUAGCUGUGAUCAUUGUGGGAAGAGUUUUACUCAGCCAAACAGCCUGAAUAUACACAAGCGGACACACACAGGGGAAGAGAUACUCUGAUAAAAGAUCUCUGAUUAAACAUAAAAUACAUCAAGGAGUUGUUUCAUGAUAUCAAUGAAAUAAUGUCACAAUGUAGAACGUUUUAACAUUGUAGUAGGAGUAUUUUAUUGAUGUCACAAUGUAGAAGCCUAAACAUUUGUCCCUGUUACACUUCCCACGUUGGUGACCCACUUGAAUCAAAAUGCAACACUUCAAAAUGUAGCAAACUGUUUUCUACAAAUUGUCCUCUAACCAGGGAUGUACACAUUACUCCCAGAUUCUGUGUGGUUUUUGAGCUGUUCGUUUUAACAGAACGUGCAACCUCAUCUCCCUUCUGUCACACAAUUGAUUUUAACAUGAUAUCGAUGAGUGAUGACAAAUAAGUGUUGUGUUCCUUUGUUUAGCGACCCCUAGAUUUAAAUGCAUCACUCCAAAAUGUAGCUGACUGUCUUCUGCAGGUUGUCCUCUAACCAGUGAGGUGAAAUAUAUCUCCCAUUUCCAUGUGUUUGUUUAGUUGUUAGUUUCAACAGCACCUACAACCUGAUUUCCCCCCUAAUUGAUAUCAGUGAUUUAUUGCUACUUGUCAAAACAACAGCGUUUCUGGUGCUUGUGCAGUUUAUAAGGAGCUUGUUUUAAAUAAAUAUAAGUAAUGAUUAUUGUGGCAGAUGUUUGUGUAUAUAGUACAUUUUACGUUUAUUUUUUCAAUUUAUCACAAACUGUUUCUGCAUUUGGACACGUUUAAACUGUGACAUUGGGGAUAUCCCACCUAGCAAAAUGUCACUGAAAAUAAGACUAUGCCCGACGUACAAUAUAAGUUUGGUUUUAGUUGAAAAUAAAAAUAUUUAAUUUCAACGUACUUGCAGCUUAUACACAUGGACGCAGUAUAAUAAAUCGGUCUAUAAUCAAUUUUAUUAACAAUCCUAAUAAAUUGAGUCAUAAAUAUAAAAUAUAUUUGUUGUCCUAAGGGGAAGGUGUUACAGGCUUUGGUUUUUCCAUUUAUGUUUUGAGGUUGGACUUUAUCACGUCUAGCUCGUUAGCACGUAGGGUGCACUGAUUGGUGUCACCUCGUUAGUCAGUAUGUGUUACACCUGUGCUGGCUUGUCCAUCUCGUUAGUGGGAAGGUGUUUCACCUGAGCUGGUCCAGGUUCUAUUUAAGAGUGUCUGGCCUAGUGCUCCAGUUGUCUUGAUAGAUGUGGAGAGUCAACACUUUUAGUUGCUCCACCUUUUUGGUUUGUUUUCUGUCUUUAAGUUUGGUGUGGGUGUUUCUUUUGUUUGCCUCAUCUUGGGCAGAUUUAGUGGGUCUCAUGGUGGGUGUCUUUUAGGUCCCAGUUGUUGUUACUAGUCAACUUUCAGUGGACACUGUGAGCAAAACUGCAACAUUAUGUUAUAAUACUUUUAUUGGAUCAAAUGGUUGUUUUAUGCAACAGAAUAGAUGGUUCUUAGAACUAUUGUCUGUGUUCUACUGAGGAUGGGCCUCUGGGAGAAAACAGUGUCAGGAGAUUCACAAUGUCUUUUGUGUGAUAAAACCUAAAGAGACCACAUUCCAGAGCAUGAGUUAAUGUUUCUGUUCUAUAUGGUAUCAGGGAGAGAUGACCUCAGGGCCAGACCCUGGUCUCUACACAAAGAGUGCUGUUUUUACAGCAGAGACUGUCUGCUGAGAAUUAUAAGUAUCUUUCAUACAAAUCUUAACCUUGUGACCCGUUCUAUACAUCUGUUGUUCGUUAUGUAGGUUUGAUAGGGGUGUAUCUUGGCUAUGAAAGACUUUUGUCCCGUGGGUUGACCAGCCAUCAUUAUCGUAGAGCACUCAUUUGAUUAUCUUUAUAUUUGUACGUUGUAUU